AUGGUCGGUCUCACGGUCCUCUCUACACUGGUCGCAUCUGCGCUGUAUGUCGGCGCCACACCGAUGAAGCGUGCUGUUCCAUACUACAAUCCAACAAAUGCAGCUGGCGGUUCGAUGUUGGACUGGCUGGUGAAUGGCAAGGGCGAACCUCUCAAUGUCAUCGUCUCUGGAUUGAGCUCCUCCGACGUCUUGACUGUCGACGGCAUCGUGAACUAUGCACGCUCGAUCGGCUACUCAGCAGAGUGCCUCGGUCUUCACUCGGGAACACCGCAAACCGCUACUCUAGGGGACGGCAAUCGAAACCAGAGCGAGCUCAUUGUCAUUCGCGAGGACUACAACAAUGAACCGAUCGGUACUUGUCUGGAGAGCUUGAUCGGCGGAAACCACUUCCGCGUCUUCAAGCAGAACGGAACUGAGGCGCAAAGCAAUGCGCUAUUCCUCGCAGUGUCGCAAGAAGAGGAUGUGACCCAAGGUCAUACCAUCUCACCGAAUGGGUACAACAUCGGACGUGAUCGACUCGUGGCUGCAGCACUGGAGAACAACGGUACCUCGUCGUUCGGAGGCGUCUCCUACAGUAUCACGGCGGAGAAUAUCACCGGAUUGCUUGCACCGGGUGCGGACCAGAUUGACGACGACAUCGCACAGGACGGAAUCGUCACCCUGUUGACGGUGACUAUCGUGUAG